AUGGCGGAUUAUUUUGUCAAAGACCCGAAAUACAAGGAAGAUAUUUUUCGGCAUAGGUUCCAUAUGUCGAAACGUUUGUUUCUAAAAAUUGUGAGCGACGUGGAAGCGAACGACUCGUGGUUUCAAGAGGCCUUAGAUGCGCGAGGUAGGAAGGGCUUUACGCCGUUGCAAAAGGUUACAUCGGCUAUUAAACAGCUCGCAACUGGUAGCACUCCAGACGAGAACGACGGGUACUUGCAUAUGGCCGAAAGAACUUCCCGCGAGUGCCUAGAAUAUUUUUGCGACACGGUUUGCAAAAUAUACGCUCUGGAGUUCUUACGUAGACCGACAAGCCAUGACAUGGCACUUUUAUACGAAGCUCAUGAGGAAAAACAUCACCUGUUCGGUAGCCUUGAUUGCACCUAUUUCGUUUGGCGAAUGUGUCCGACAAAGUAUCUAGGCCAGUAUAUGCGAGGAGGUCACCGAUACCCGAAUGUUAUACUCGAAGCGGUUGCAUCUCAAGAUUUAUGGCUUUGGCAUGCUUUGCGCGGUCCACCAAGUUCACAAAACGAUAUCAAUGUGCUACAACAAUCUCCGUUAUUUUUAACAGAACGAAAUGGAACCGCGCCUAAAUGUCCAUUUUACGUUAACAGCCAUUUAUACAAACGUGGUCAUUCAUCAUGCUUGACAAUAAUUGUUCUUUAA